UGUUGUUUGUGUUUAUGGUUAGUAGGUGUUGAAACAGUGAGUUUAUUUUGAAGAAAAUUAGAGUCAUGGGGGAGAAAAAACUGCCCGAAGAAAAUCUAUACGAAUUACUGGGUAUAAAUAUAGAAGCAACUACACAAGAGAUUAAGAAAGCGUACCGAAAAACAGCCUUGAAAUGUCAUCCAGACAAGAAUCCGGACAAUCCAAAAGCCGCAGAAUUGUUUCAUAAAUUAUCAAACGCUUUGGAGAUUCUUACUGACGAGUCUGCAAGGGCUGCAUAUGAUAAAGUAUUAAAGGCAAAGCAAGCUGCGAAACUUAGAACACAACAGCUAGACUCUAGAAGAAAGAAAUUUAAAGAGGAACUAGAAGCAAGAGAGAGGGCAGCACAAGAAGCAGCAGCAAAGAAGUCUGAGUUUUUAAUUGACACAAGAACAGAUGAAGAAAAGCUUCAGGCUGAGAUUGAUAGGUUAAGGAAAGAGGGAUCAAAAGCAGUGGAAGAAGAAAUAAGAUAUGUUCAGAAAAUAAUAGAAGAAGAAAGAGAGCAGAGAGCAAACAGGAGAGAACAAGAAGCAAAUAAUCAAUAUCGUCUUCGGAUUAGGUGGAAUGUAAAUAAGUCUGAUGUGAAUAAUGGAGGAUAUUCAUAUGACAUGUUACACAAAUUGUUGUCAAAGUAUGGAAAUGUGGUAGCACUGAUAUUAUCUCCAAAGAAGAAAGGUCGAGCACUUGUUGAGUUUGAGAGUAAAGAUGCUGCAAUCAUGGCGCAGAAAUAUGAAAAGGGCCUUACUUCAAACCCUCUAAUUGUAGAGUGGCUUACGCAACCACAUAAUGAAGAGGAUGUCACUACAGUACCAUCUUCGCAAUUUUCUACAACAGAAAGCAGUGAGAGACAUGGACUGUUUCCUUCAAUGAACACUGGAGGUGCUAUGUCUUCUGGUUCUUAUGCUCGCUCCUCACCAAGUCCAAUGAGCCACAUGAAAGUCACUGGCUCAGACUUUGAAAGCUUGGUGCUCCGCAAAAUGAAACAAGCCGAAGAAAGAAAGAAACUUGCUGAGAAAAUGCAAAAAGAAGAACUGGAUAAUGAGGAUGUAUGAUAGAAUGUCGUGCGUGAAGUUUACCUCAGAAUUCCAUAAAAUAUGUACUACUGUAUGUUUUAUGGAUCAGAGUGGAAAAACUGUAAUUAGAUAAAAAGUUAAUACUCACUAAGUAUAUAAAUUGACAGUAGUUAUAACAGUGCCAAAACAUAAGAAGUAAAUAUCUGAUGUUCUGCACCAAUGAUUCCUCCUUUGGAAACUAACGGAAAACAGACAAUUUUUCCUCUUGUCUCUCUCCCCACAGGUGUUAAAUACCAACCUUUUUACCACUCAUACAUUAUUUUUACCCUUUAUCUUAUGUUUAUCUUCUGGUGAAAGAACAUUUUGUCUUAAAAGCUGAGAAUUCUCAUUUAGCAUAUCAUUGUGGACAAUGCCUUAAUUUUGUCAUUUAGUGGGUAUAACUAUUUUAUCUAUCUUAGCUAGUGUAUAUAUUUUGUAAUUUGUACAGA